UUCGAAUUUCCCUUUUCUAAACUCAGAAACCUCGAUUUCUAAGACAAACAAUUGUACGCUUAUUAACUCCUCAUCUUCGGUGAAGCAUCGAAUGCAGUAAUGCAGUACCAAGCUCCUGAAGCUCAACCUCUGGAUUCUCGAGUAGCAAAUAUUGGGCGAAAUCCAAUUGGAGAAGCUGAUACUGUCAUGCAAAUUGCUGGCUCAUGGCACAAAAGGUCUAUGACAGGCGGGGCAGCUUGGAUUAUGAAAGAUGAUCGAUUGCAGACAAUACAUGGUAGCUGCUUGCAGACCUCCGGAGUCUCUGCCUUACAGAUGGAUGCUUUGGCUUGUUUACAUGGUAUCAAAUGGGCAGCAAUACACCGAUUACAUAACGUAAGCAUCUACACUGGUUCUCAUAAUCUGGUACAGCUUUUACAGGGAAGUAUGCCACUGGACAUUUCACUAUUAUGGACAAUCCAGGAAAUCAGAUGUCAAGCUUUGCAGUUGAAUUGGUGUUGUGUGCACAAGGUCUCAAGAUCUCAAUUUCGUCAAGCUCAAAAUGCUGCUAUUGCUUGUAGGGCAGGAUUACUUACUCCUGAAAAAUUUUAAGUAUUUCUAUCGUUUAGGUUGCGAGUUGUCUUUAAUGAUGUCAAAUAAAAAUUUCAAACCGUUAAUAUAUGCAGCUUAACAUAUGAUUCUUGCACUCAUCCUUUUUGGUUUUACCCUGUACCUAUGUGGCUGCAUUAUUCAUCAGUCUGACAUUUCCUGCUCGCGACAACUAAUUUUCCUGUUAUCUGUAAGUAAU